AUGUCUCUGAACGCAGAGCCCGCCGAUCCGCAAGAGCGACAGGAACAUGACCUUCCACCCAAGUCGUUCGCCGAUGCAGCUCAUGAAGCUCUCGAACAAAAUGGCCAGGAUUCAGUCGACGAAGAACUCAUCAAGGAAACACCUCCGACAAGGAAGCUGUCGAGAAAAGGCAGCAUUGAGCCUCGUCCGCUCCAGGAAAUGCUAGACGAGGAGGAGAAACAGCCUUCAUUACCAUCAACGCCCGUCCAACCCCGCCGCACACGCUCUCAAAAGCAGGAGAAGUCAUGGGCAGAUAUGGCUGAAGAGGGUGUCAACACCGCUGCACACCCUGUCAUCGAUCUCCACCCUGGCGAGGGUCAUGAAGCCCAUGAGAAUGGCGAAGAAUUCACAGGACAGGGCCACAACGAGUCGCCUAAGAGUCCAGCCCAGCUUCAUCGACCUCACAAACGCACUUCUUCCAUAAAAUCAAACAAGUCUGUGAGCUCCAAGAAGACUGUCUCAGAGGGUCCGGACGGCCAGCAACAGAAGCUUGUAUACGAGAAGUUCGAGAGUCCUGAUGGCAAGCAAUUGACCAGUGUGAAGCCCGAUGAUUCGUACGAGGAGGCUUUGAGAACAGACGAGAAGGAAGCUCCUCAGAAGAAACAACAGCAAUCCAAGGCGUCCAGAGACGAGCUCGUCAGUGGGAGAAGAGCCGGAGCAGGCUGGGAGUCGUCGGCAUGGGCGCCACUCAACGUUCCGCUUCAGCGUCGACUCCAGACGGGCAUGGUUCUUGUCCAUACCUUGAGCAUUGCCCUCUUCCUUGCAGCCUUCUUCGUCCUUUGCGCCAUUCCUGUGCUCUGGCCCUUGUUGUUGCCUUACCUUCUCUAUGUCCUCUUCUCUAAGGCUGGCACUUCAGGCUCUCUCAAGUAUCGCUCCGAGUGGCUGCGUCGCCUUCCAGUAUGGUCUCUCUUCGCUUCAUACUUCCCUGCUCGUCUCCAUCGUUCUCAAGAGUUACCUGCCACCCGUAAGUACGUCUUUGGUUACCACCCGCAUGGUAUUAUCAGCCACGGUGCCUUUGUCGCUUUUGCAACAGAAGCUCUUGGCUUCGCGCAGUUGUUCCCGGGAAUCACCAACACACUCCUCACUCUUGACUCAAACUUCCGCAUCCCUCUCUACCGCGAUUAUGCCUUGCGUCUUGGUCUGGCCUCAGUCUCUCGUGAGAGUUGCGAGAACAUUCUGUCCAAGGGUGGUCCUAACGGCGAGGGCAUGGGUCGUGCCAUCACUAUUGUUGUCGGUGGUGCUCGCGAAUCACUGGACGCUCAGCCUAACAGCCUGCGUCUUGUACUCGCUCGUCGCAAGGGUUUCGUCAAGCUCGCCAUCCGCACUGGCGCUGACCUUGUUCCCGUACUGGCGUUUGGAGAGAACGAACUUUACGAGCAGUUCGAUCCUCAAGCCCAUCCUACAAUUCACAAAUUCCAGCUACUGGUCAAGAAGGCUUUGGGCUUCACCAUCCCACUUUUCCACGCACGUGGUGUCUUCAAUUACGAUGUUGGUAUGAUGCCUUACCGACGCCCACUCAACAUCGUCGCUGGUCGACCAAUCAUGGUGCGCAAACAGGAACGUCCUGACUCCAAAUACGUGGAUGAGAUUCACGCGCAAUAUGUCGAUGAGCUUAAGCGUAUCUGGGACGAGUGGAAGGACGUCUUUGCCAAGCACCGCGAUGGUGAUCUCGAAAUCGUCGAGUAA